AAGAAUUUUAUUAAAAACCACCAAGGCUAUUCGGGUACCCUGUGGCUGUGGCUAUUGAUACUAUAGGGUUUAUACCUGUGGCUGUCAGAUUCCAAAAUGGCGUCGAUGGAAAACAUACGUACAAGAGUUCAGCUUCAAGAACACGGUCUUAUUAACACACAUAGCUCUGAUUUCCCGGGUAAUUACACUGACUACGACGACACGUGGACUCAAGAAAAGUUUGAAGAAAAAUUCAAGAUCAACAUUACUCGCCUAACUCCUAGUGACAUGGAAUUUGAUAUGAUUGGCAUUGAUGCUUCUGUUGCAAAUGCAUUUCGUAGGAUUUUGUUGGCUGAGGUACCUACAAUGGCAAUUGAGAAGGUUUUCCUGUACAAUAACACAUCAAUAAUACAAGAUGAGGUUCUUGCACAUCGUCUAGGUCUGAUACCAAUACAUGCUGACCCAAGACUCUUCAAUUAUAAAAAACAAGGUGAUGAAGAAGCCCAGGAUGAUACAACUUUAGUUUUUGAACUUAAAGUUAAAUGCAUUAAGAAUAAAAAUGCACCAAAAGAUGCAACAGACCCGGAUGAGCUAUACAUCAACUCAAAGGUUACCACAGAUCACUUGAAAUGGAUUCCUACACCACAACAAGCUCAGAAGUUCGGCCCACAAGAUAUCCGUCCUGUUCAUAAUGAUAUUCUUAUUGCAAAGCUUCGACCAGGACAGGAGUUAGAUAUCAAGAUGCAUGCCGUGAAGGGAGUCGGCAAGGAUCACGCAAAGUUCUCUCCUGUAGCUACAGCCUCGUACCGUCUUUUACCCGAAAUCACACUCCUAAAACCUUGCGAGGACGAACUCGCGGACAAACUUGCUGCGUGCUUCUCCCCUGGUGUCAUCAAGGUCAACACUGUCAAUGGUGUGAAACAAGCAACUGUGAUCAACCCCCGACUGGAUACUUGCAGUAGGGAAGUCCUGAGGCAUGAUGAUCUGAAAGACCGAGUCGAGCUUUCUCGAGUGCGUGACCACUUUAUCUUCUCCGUAGAGUCUAUAGGCGCUCUUCGGCCCGAAGUUUUAGUCUGCGAAGCGAUCAAAGUCCUUAUCAGCAAAUGCCGACAGUUUAUUAGUGAACUGGAUAACAAUAUGGAAACGUAGGAAGAGGUUUAGCUGAACCUUGGUCCUCUGUCAAAUGGCUGGACCAGUAGGAUAGAAGAGCCAUGGAAGGUUACAAAGAACGUAUUACCAAUAGAGUCCAUGGUUGUUACAUGAUGUUUGACCACAAACACCGACAAAAAAUAACAACAACAAGAAAUAACACACAUACAUCACUUUUGUUUAAUGCGUUAAAUAUUGAUCCAUAAAUAAUGCGUUAAAUAAUGAGCCAUACAUUCACUGUACCAUCUUUGGCAUCUAGGGGGUAAUGGGGAGCCUUUAUCCUUAGCCCUCGCGAUAGACCCUCACUCGCGAUAGACCCUCCCCUUGGCCCACGUGAAGACCCUAGCUCGGCACCUUAUACAUUUCAUAGAAAAUAGGCCCGCAAAGCGAGCAUGUGGCUACUGUAAUUCAUUCGCAAUUUUUUUAGAUUUUCAGUAUUUAAACACAAACGGACUCAUUAACUCAUUAAUUCGAAAUCAACAAAUCUAAUAUUAUUUCCAACAAAUAAAUGUAACAAUAUUUCAAAACAUAGAUGAAUAAUCCGCACAAAGCAGAAAAUCAAAGUCCCAAAAUAAAUGUCUUUGCGCCAAUAAGAGAUUGGGGUUUAUGCA